UCGAUCCGUCGGUGAUCAUUUUACAUGUACCCACAUGCUAGCAACUCACUAAUAUAAUUUCAUCAAACUAUACUAUAGUACUAUAUCUUUUUUGGUACCAUCCAAAUAUUCCAAUUCGUCCUCAUCUCCAACUAUAUGUCUCCAACCAAAACAAUUUAUUCCCCUAUGUUCCAAUUUUUGAUUUCGAGUUGGUAAGCUCCAUUCACUUUUCUCGAUUUUGUAAUUUGUGUGACCAAACAGUAUGUUAGAUCAAAGAAGAAGUUUCUCAUUCAGUUCCUUUGAUUUCAAUUCUUCAAAUAAUAGCGCUAGUCUCUUCUCUUCUUCAUCUUCUGAUGAUUUUUUUGCGAGUAAUUUCAUUAUGUAUGAUACGGAGGAUGAUGAUGGUGAUAAUGAUGAUGGAGCGUACAUUGAAAUAAACCUUGAUCCAUCGCGGUCUAUACAAAAAAAGGUUAGAGAGGAGAAGGAAUUUAAGAAUUCUAAUUCUUCAGAGGUGGAGUUGAGAAUAUCUUUUUCAUCAACUGGAAUUCCCCCAACUGAAACGACGACGACAACAACAUGUGGUACCACACAACAUGCACAGGGAACAACAAUAACAACAACGACGACGAUGAGUAAGCCUAGGAGGGGACGCCUUUUCGUAUCGUUGGCUCGCAUUGUAAAUGAGUUUGUAGCUGCAUCGUCCGUCAAGACAUCGAAUUCAGUUAAAGCAAUAGAAGCUAAUAAUAAUGUUGCCCAUGAAAAUCGACCUGCUCAUGUUCUGCCCCUCUCUAAAUCUGACUGCGCGGAGAUGAUACGGACCAGGAAAGAUUGCACGAUGGUUCCUUCAAAGAACAAUGGCAUUAUGAACUUUAUAGUAAAAUUGAAGUACAAAAAUAUUCCAUCAAUGUUAAUUUCCAUGGUAACACCCAAACCCAAAAACGGACAAAUCCGCGCUAGACAACCCUUGCUACAACGAGGGCGUAGUAGCACCUGCCGGGGCAGGGAUCCAAUGAACAACAACAACAACGAUCUGAUGAAACUAAAAACUCGCAACCAUUCAGAUCUUAAUCAUCAAGAUGUCAACCACGACAAAUCAACAUCAUCAGUCGCGGGGAUAAUAAACUUUAAAACAAUGAGAGGAGUAUUAGACGCUCUUAUUGUCAAAACUAGUCGUUAUUGCACGAGUGCAACAACAGGAGGGGGAUUAUUAUCUGGCAAUAAGCACAAUAACAGUAAAAGUUGUCCGAGUUCUAUCAAGUCGUCACCAAUGCAUAACAUCGUCUGUGAUGACGACGUUAGAAAAUACUCGAGGGAUAAUUCUGUUCAGGCAGCCAUUGCUCAUUGUAAGAAAUCAUUUGGAACACAAGCUGAAUUUGAUUUUCAUAUUUGACAGUGUUCUCGAUCUUAAUUGAGAUGAUUUUUGUAUAUAUAUAUAAUAAAAGGUUGAGUAAGGGUCCAUAUUGGCCAAUG